UCUUAAAUUUUUGUUUAGAAGAACUAGUGUAAAUACGAAAUAGUUCAGUUAUCUUGUUAUAUUGUAGUAUGCUGAUGAGCUUUCUCUCAUUCCAGAUAAGAGUUCUGCAAUGCAUUUUUGAGUCACUUUCAUAGUGCCAUCCAAUUCUAAAUAAUUCAAUUGGGUGAUUUCAGAAUGGAAAAAAUUGAUCGGAGAAGCUGCAGUACCCUAGCUAAAACCUUGGGAACAAUAGUUUCAAUAUCAGGGGCUUUCAUUGUGACUCUUUACAAGGGACCCCCACAACUGAUGACAGCCUCAGUUGAUUUAUUGUCUCACAAUAAACUUUUCUUGCCACAGUCGAAUUGGGUCAUUGGAGGAAUGCUCCUUGGGUUUUAUUGUGUGGUGGCUGCAGCAUUUCUUAUCGUACAGUAUUAAAAAAAUACCCAGUAGAGCUCAUUAUAGUCUUUUACUAUUGCUUCUUUGUGGCUAUUAAUCUGUAGUGGUGUUGUGGUUUGUGGAAAGAGACUCAAGUGCUUGGGCCUUAAACCCUAAGUUAAGGUUGUUUGCGGUUUUAUACUCAGUAAGUAGAUAAGCUAAAUUGACGACAAUAUGAUGCUCACUUUGAAACUUACUCAAACUCUCAGUGAUACUAUUGCAGGGAGUUUUUGGCUCAGCAUUCCAGGUUGGACUUUUUAGUCUUGUUCCGCUUCGCAAGGUAACUACUUCCACUGUGGUUUGUUCAAUCUUCCAACAAUGUUGGGUGUUUUGUUCUUCUAUGUUGUAGUUGCUGUGUUCCUAUUAGUUGCUUGUUAGCUUCCAUGGUUCUACUUUUCGCAAUGUCUUUUUAGUUUGCGAUAGAUGUGGCUGUUCAAUUUAUAUACCUAAGUAAUUAUGUUAACCUUUCAGAGGAACUGUUGUCUCUUAUUUUGUAAGGCAUUGGCCACGCCAUUUUUAAGACUCUUAAAGUUUGACAUGCCUGUUGGCCACCAUGAUUGGCAUUCGUUGUAGUUGAAAGCAUCCUCACUUGUAUAUGCUUCUGAAAUCAGGUUAUGGUUAUGGAUUACAAACUUACAUACCCCAAUGGGACUGCCACAACAAUGUUGAUCAAUAGCUUUCACACUAAAAGUGGUGCAGAGCUUUCCGGGAAGCAAGUGCAAUGUCAUGGAAAGUAUCUAAGCAUGAGUUUAAUUUGGAGCUGCUUUAAGUGGUUCUUCAGUGGUAUUGGAGAUUCAUGUGGGUUUGACAACUUUCCUAGCCUUGGAUUGAUACUUUUUAAGAACACGUUUUAUUUCGACUCUAGUCCUACUUAUGUCGGAUGUGGUCUUAUUUGCCCUCACAUAGUCAACUGCUCAGUACUUCUUGGGGCUAUCAUAUCAUGGGGUUUCCUUUGGCCUCUCAUAUCCCAACAUGCUGGGCACUGGUAUCCAGUUGACCUUGGUAGCAAUGAUUUCAAAGGUCUUUAUGGAUAUAAGAUGGUGAGAGUUCUGAAGUAA